GGCGAGGAGGCGGGAAGGGCGGAGGGCGGGCCGGAGAGCGGCUCCACGCCGAGCCAGGCCGCCCUCCGGGGCUGAAAGGAGACGCCGGGCUCCAAGCUCUUAAACCAGACUUCGAAGCAGGAUCCCAGAGAAGGGGAGGAAAGUUCACCUCGGCGAGCGCGGAGAAGAAGGCGAGAGAGAAGUCGCCCUUGUCUUUGCUCUCUGGACGCGCCUCGGAUAAAUCAUCUUUCUAUAAAAGGGGGAACGGAAAUUGAUCAGAAACAUGGAUGCAGAUGAAGAUCAGAAAACAGAUCCUGAAAGGACAUGGGAGAAUUUGAACAAUUCGGCCACGGAUCUAAAAGCAACUGGUUCACUGACAACAGACGAUUUCCCUCAUAUUCAUCAAAGAAUCUAUAUCGAUGAGUUUGACUCUCCUCCCAAUGCACACUGUAAAUAUGACCUUUUCCCUCGAUGGCAUUUACCAGUGAAGAUAGCCCUGGUAUUAUCGUCGUUAACCUUUAUGUACACUUGUCUAAGGGACGUCAUCUAUCCUUUUGUGACUGCUCGAGAAAAUGUAUUUUACAAAAUUCCAAUCCUGGUCAUCAACAAAGUCUUGCCCGUGGUUUCAAUCACCCUUUUGGCCUUGGUAUAUUUGCCGGGAAUACUGGCCGCAGGUUUCCAGUUCUAUCAUGGAACCAAGUACAGACGUUUUCCACAGUGGUUGGAUACAUGGAUGUUAUCCAGGAAACAGUUUGGGCUGCUCAGCUUCUUCUUUGCCUCAAUGCAUGCCUGCUACAGUUUGUGCUACCCAAUGAGGAGAUCUUACAGAUACAAACUCUUGAACUGGGCAUAUCAACAGGUGAAGCAGAAAAAAGAAAACGCCUGGAUUGAACAUGAUGUCUGGAGAAUGGAGAUUUAUGUGUCUCUGGGAAUUCUGGGACUUGCUCUCUUGGCUCUUCUGGCGGUAACCUCAAUCCCAUCUGUCAGCCAGUCACUGACCUGGAGAGAGUUCCAUUACAUUCAGAGCAAAAUGGGAUAUCUAGCUCUGCUGCUGUGCACUGUUCAUGCCCUGGUGUUUGCAUGGAACAAAUGGGUCGACUUAGGCCAGUUUGUAUGGUACACUCCCCCUACAUUCAUGAUAGCAGUUGUUCUUCCAGUUUUGGUUUUGGCUUGCAAAUGUAUCCUGCUUUUCCCGUGCCUCAGGAAAAGACUACAGAAGAUCAGAUCUGGCUUUGACGCUAACACAGUGACAAGUAGGACGUCAAUAGCUUCCAGACUGUAGACUUAAGUGUGUAUAUACUUAACACCGAUAUGACUUCUUUCCCAGGCCUUAAAAUGAAUAAUAGUUAUACCUAAGGCUACAGUUCUCUGCUUACAUACAUGGAGUUUAAGUACUGAACUCGGGAAGACUUCCUUCUGCGUAUACAAUCAUACUUAGGAUUAUAUUUCACAGAGGAAAAGUCAAUCUGCUUUUGCCUUACUGGUGGACAAAGCAUUUUUAUGUUUCAGUACAAACUUACUUGUGCAAAUUAAAAUGUUGAAUAUAUAAUGGUGACCUUAAUAUUUCAUUAAUGCCCUACAUGUGAUUUUCUGAUAAAAUUCUAGAUUUCGACUGAAAUUCCAAAUUUCGACAACACAUCAGACUUUUUUUUCAAGCAGUCUAAAUUGUUAGUGAAAUAACUGACUUGUUAACUUAAAAAAAAUUUUAUGGUGCAAUAUACCGACUGGUGCUUAAGACUUAAAAUUUAAACACUGAGCUGCCUUGACUAAAAAUGUCUGAAUUCAGUUGUUGGGCCAGAUGACCAAAAAGUAAUCUCCAAGUCUCUAUCUGAUUGAUUUCUGAUACCAUUUUUCAAAAUGCUUUUCUAAAUAUAUGCCCAAAUGAAGAGAGAGACAUAAAUUAAAUCAGGAUAGGCUGGAUUUUAGGCUUGUUUGGGGUUUCCAAGUUUUAAAAAGGCAGGCUCAAGCUGAUCUUCAUUUGGAUUCUGGGAAGUCUCUCAUUUUCUUGAUCAUGAGCCUCUGAUGGAGUUCUGCAUUUCUCAAAGUUACAGCGUAAACUGAAUUGUGUAAAUAAGAAUAUAAAUACAAGUACCUUUUUGUUAUAUUUGUAGAAACUUUAUUAGCAUCUACUGUAUUUAAAAUAAUAAAGCCCUUUUUUGCAUUUUU